GCUGGCCGGGACAGGGGAGGGGCUGGCCCUUGCUAAUGAGCAAGUUGCCAAGGCGAGACAGGAACUUCAUUCCCUUCUGUGUCAGGAUCCCAGAAUUAUGCCCCUUCUGUCACCAUGAGCUGGCUCGAGAGUUCCCCCGGAGUUGUGCUAACUGCUUACCACCCCAGCGGCAAGGACCAGGUCGUUGGGGAGAGACCUGCAAAUGGAGGCGACGAAACCACCUCCAGUCGCAGAUAUGGCCAGUACACCAUGAACCAAGAAAGCUCCACCAGAGUUACAGAGAGACCUCCAUUUGACCGAUCGAGUUCUCAGGAUUCUUUGGACAAUACAGCAAUGGAGGAUUAUUGGACGGAACUAGAAAAUAUCAAGAGCUCUAAUGAAAAUCGCCAAGAAGGUCAAGAGGCUGUAGUUGUCAAGGAGCCUGAUGAGGGAGAGCUGGAAGAAGAAUGGCUCAAAGAGGCAGGUUUGUCCCAUCUCUUCGGAGAGUCUGCCGAGGACCCGCAGGAAAGCAUGGCGUUGUUAUCCACACUGACCCGGACUCAGGCAGCGGCUGUUCAGAAACGAGUCGAAACGGUCUCCCAGACCCUGAGGAAGAAAAACAAACAGCACCACAUUCCUGACGUCAGAGACAUAUUUGCUCAACAGAGAGAGGUGCAAGAAAAAUCUCCAGAUGGCCCAGAAUUGCAGCCAGUCGGAACAAAUGAAAACAAAUGCCAAGGAAAAGACGAAAAGGCAUCUAGUGGGCCUGUUGAUAACAAGGAGCUGAGCCCACCAAUGCGUGAGGACACACCUGCCUCUGAGACAGCCAUCAACCUGGAGGUGUCAUUUGCCGAGCAAGCUGACAAUCAGAAAGAGCUCAGUAAGGAGAGGACGCAGAAGAUCAGAGGCAAUGAUGCCUCUUUGCCAAGUUUCAGGCUACCAAAAGAUAAAACAGGUACUACGAGGAUUGGAGAUUUGGCACCCCAAGACAUGAAGAAAGUUUGCUUUCUUGCUCUGAUUGAACUGACUGCCUUGUAUGAUGUAUUGGGCAUUGAACUCAAACAACAGAAAGCUGUGAAAAUCAAAACAAAAGAUUCUGGUCUUUUUGGUAUUCCAUUAACCAUAUUGUUAGAACAAGAUCAAAGGAAAGUGCCGGGAACUAGAAUACCCUUGAUCUUUCAAAAACUGAUUUCUCGAAUUGAAGAAGGCGGUCUGGAAACUGAAGGCCUCCUACGAAUACCAGGAGCUGCCAUGAGAAUCAAGAAUCUUUGCCAAGAGCUAGAAGUGAAGUUUUAUGAAGGGACUUUCAACUGGGAAAGUGUCAAACAGCACGAUGCGGCCAGCCUGCUGAAGCUCUUUCUGAGAGAGCUGCCUCAGCCCCUGCUGAGUGUGGAGUAUCUCAAAGCCUUCCAGGCUGUCCAGAGUCUUCCAACUAGAAAACAUCAAUUGCAGGCCUUGAACCUCCUUGUCAUCCUUCUGCCUGAUGCAAACAGAGACACGCUGAAGGCCUUGCUUGAAUUUCUCCAAAGAGUCAUAGAUAACAAAGAGAAGAAUAAAAUGACAGUUGUAAAUGUAGCAAUGGUCAUGGCCCCAAAUCUCUUCAUGUGCCAUGCACUGGGUUUGAAGUCCAGCGAACAGAGAGAAUUUGAAAUGGCGGCCGGGACAGCAAACGUCAUGCACUUACUGAUUAAGUACCAGAAACUUUUAUGGACAAUUCCGAAGUUUAUUGUAAACCAAGUGCGGAAGCAAAAUACUGAAAAUCAGAAAAAGGAAAGAAAAGCCAUGAAGAAAUUGCUGAAGAAAAUGGCUUAUGACCGAGAAAAACAUGAAAAGCAAGAUAAAACUACAAAUGAUGCUGACGUUCCUCAGGGAGUGAUUCGAGUGCAAGCUCCCCAUCUUUCAAAAGUUUCCAUGGCAAUACAGCUAACCGAAGAACUAAAAGCCAGCGACGUACUCACCAGGUUUCUCAGCCAAGAAAGUGGGGUUGCCCAGACACUCAAGAAAGGAGAGGUUUUUUUGUAUGAAGUUGGAGGGAAUAUUGGGGAACGCUGCCUCGAUGAUGACACAUACAUGAAGGACUUGUACCAACUGAACCCAAACGCUGAGUGGGUCAUAAAAUCCAAGCCAGCGUAGAAGACAAGGACUAGUAACCUCAUUCUUGCUGGGUCAAGAGUGGAAGUAAAAGUAGCAGCUUUCCUAAUUAUUACACAGUGACACCCUCAAGCUUUAAAAUUAUAUAUAUAUGUAUUUUUUUGUGGCUGCCAUAAUUGUUGUUUAUUAUUAGAAAAAUAUUUUUGGAUUAAGGAAAAAGGGGCUUAGUUAGCUAAUGGGCUGUUUAUACAUACUUUAAAAUGUGUUCAGAUGUGACGGCUUUUUUUGUAUGAAAUAAGCUCUUUACCACUUUUUGUUUCUUUGUUUGUUUGGUGGGGGUACUAGGUAUUGAACCAGAACUUUGCUGAUUGUGGGCAAUUUCUUUAAUGACAUACCUAGUAAUAUCCCCAUCAGAUUAAAUAAUCUCUACUCAUAGAUUUACCAAUAGAGUUUGGGUUAUUUACCUCUUCAGAAUGUUGUCUUCCCCUUUUUACCCCCUCCUAUCUACCUUCCCUCAAUAAAAUUUGCUUUUUAACCAGAAAGAAAUAGUUAAUAGCAGGUAUGGAAAGCUAUGAAGACAAACCUAACUCAACAGUAUUCUUCUUACCACAGAAGGUUAGUGUUCAUAGCUUUGAAUCAACUGUCCAAACAAUCCAGGCAGUUGAUUUUUUUUUUUCAGCUUAUCUGACUUAUGUGCACAAAGUUGUAUCCAUCAUCAAAACCAAAAGUGGCAGGAACUUCCAAUUAUCACCAAAGCAUUAAAUGUUUAAAUACUCAGGAAAAAUGAACUGGAUCCACAUGAACUAUGAAUUACCUAAGACCACAAUGUGAAAAGCCAGAUCACUUUAUGUGUGCCACACUCUUUCAGAUAGAAACUGAAAAGUCACAUAUGAAGUUACCUGGCAACUUAGUCACUAUCACAGUAGUACAACACGGAACAAUUGGAGAACGCAUUGUGAAAGGCCACUUCCCCACCUCCAGAAUGAGUCUUCCGGGUGUGGCAAUCAUUUAUGUGAACAAGGCUUUGCUUGUCUUCGUACUUUAGGUGAUCUGAGUCAGGUGAUCUGUGUCAUUGAAAGUAUUAUUCCCAGGACUUUUCAUGCACAGAUCAUACUGUGACAAAACAUAAACCUCUGCUGUAAAUAAGAGAAAUGAAAUGAGAGCAAUGUUCGCCAUUUUAUAAGAGUAGAGUGUCAUUGAUAGAAAGGUGGUGUGCGUGGGUAUUGCGCCAAUGUGUUGACGAAACUGUUCGUAGUCCUUUAGGGGAAGCUGGACGUUCUCCGAAGCUCUUGAUGUCACUCUAAUUAGGAAGGAAAGUGCUGAAUAUGAAGGCAGCAAAAUGCUGAGCAUGUAAUUACGAGAGCAGCUGUGGAUGGAUGCUUCAGUAACGCCAUGGUGAUUCGUGCCAUUGCUUUUUUAUUUAAAGAAAUUUUAUAAUUAAAUGCCUUUUUCUAAACAA